UAUACGCGAUCCGAAGAGGAGAGGAAAUUUUUGCGACCACCGCAACCAUGGCAUAUUCCGAAUACAAGCAGUAGUAGAACGAAGAAGAAGCUCCGACAUACUUGGGAGAGCAAACCCCACUACGCACGAUCCGAUAAACGCGGCCCCCAGUUUCUCCCUCUCUCCUUUGCCCUCUCCACACUCCUUAAUCCCAAUUCCAAAGUCGCCUCCUUUUUCCAAGUUUAUACCUUUCUUCUCCAUGCUUCUCACCUCAUCCCCCUCGCCCUUCCGUUUCGAUCUCUCCCUCCGCUUCCGUAGACGCGAAUCAUAGCUCAGGUACUCGAUUUUCCCCCCUGCUACCGCUUAUAAAUGUCGCUCCUUUCACGUUUCUCGUUGAGGAAUUUCGUCGAACACGUUUGUGGCCGUCGCGGUUUUGGCGUGAUUGGGAGGUUUUUGCUGAUGCCCGUUUGAGGAUUUCUCCUGGUUUUGUUGCUUGUGGCGUUGCUCGAGCUUGGCGAGCGCGGUAGCGUUGUAAUCUCGGUGAGGAAUUUCAUCGAGUAGGAUCAAAGCCAACGGAACGUGCAUAGAAUCUAUGGUAUACAAUUGUCCGCAGAAUGUCCUUAGCUGCAAUUUGCUCAGGAAACUUCAAUCAAUUGCGAAACUCCCUAGGAAACUGUUCUAACAUAAAUUUGCUCAAAUUUCAUAGUGGAUUGGUUCCUGGAAAAGUGCUUCUUGAAACUAGAAGAUGCACUCUGAGACCUUUAAGCACAAGAGUAGAAGCGAGGAGCCAAAGAUCAGAAGAUAGCAAACCAAGCAUCAUUAAUCUGAGCUUACGUAGCGGAACAGUUGGGUCAUCGCCAGAUAGGAAUUUAAAUCAAUCGGAGCUCCAUGAGUUCAAAUCAAUUCAAUGCUACAAUCUACAGGAAAAGAUUGUUGACAAGAAAAUCGACCGGCCUGCGACUAUUCUUGUUUUUGAUAUUGAGACUACUGGAUUCAGUCGGCAGAACGAAAGAAUUAUCGAGUUCGCCCUUCGCGAUCUUAUGGGAGGAAAGAACAGCACAUUCCAAACACUCGUAAAUCCGGAAAAAGAUGUGCCUAAUGCAUUUGUUCAUGGUAUUAGCACUUACAUGGUCAACAGGCCUGAUGUCCCAAGGUUUAAGGAACUGGUUCCGAUACUACUUCAUUAUGUCCGAAGCCGGCAAAUGGCUGGCAAACCAGUUCUGUGGGUGGCUCACAAUGGGCGCCGUUUUGAUGUACCUUUCUUUAUUAAGGAAUUCCAGCGGUGUUCAGAAGAGAUUCCUUCAGACUGGUUAUUUGUGGAUACACUUCCUCUGGCUCGACAGUUAGUGAAUCCAGAUGGAUCGAAGCUCAGCUCUUCUUCACUAAAGGCGCUGAGAGAACACUACGAGAUCCCUUUAGUGGGGCCUGCGCACAGAGCGAUGCAGGACGUGACGACUUUGUGCUAUGUACUCCAGAGAAUCACUUUCGAUCUGAAACUCACUGUUCCGGAGCUCAUCGAUAAAGCUUUCCGGGCUUCUGAUUUAAACUAGGGUUCCCUCCUCGACAAACAAGCUGCAUUAUUAUCUAACUUAAAAGAUCAAGUGUAGAAUGUGCCUUUCCUUCAAUUUCCUUAGUAUUAUUUGGCAGUGUUGAAUUGCAGUGCCCAUUCUUUUCUAAGCUUGUUCUUGUCACCUCCUACCGCCACAUCAGAGAAUAAUCAUGACUCUUCUAGUUUCAUUGUAUCUUAAAUGAUAUGUACACUUCGUUUCAGUAGCAUUAUUUGCUAAUCCUGCAAAGUUUAGUAA